AACAUGAGCUCGUUUAAACGAUUAAAAUUGAAAAAUAAAAAUGCGAAGAAUACUAGUUCAAAUUUAAUGGCUAAAUCUCGUAAAGAAGUACGAAAAGAGCUUAGGAAACAGAAGAAGAUUAACAAAGCAAUUUAUUUCCAGCAGAAAAAAGGGUUACUUGUUUCGGGCAGUGACAAACACGAAAGGAUCGUUAAAGUUCAUGGCAAAAAAAAUAUUUGCAAGAAUGAAAUCGCGGCUAGCAUCGAAGUGCAAAAGAAAUCUGUUCAGAAAAAGAAAACUAAGAAGGUUGAACUUGGAAAAACAAAUACACGAAAUGAAUCGCUUAAACAGGCCAAUUUGAAAGAGGAUAGAAUAAUUAAAAAACUGGAGAAGCAGUUGAAAUUAAAUAAAAGAAAAAAGAAGACAAUUCCAAAAUCUUUUGCAGUAGAUGGUUUAGAUUAUCUUCUGGAUUUUUGUGUAGAAGAAAAUAGAAAGUAUAUAGUGGAAACAGAGGAAAAGCUGUUAACAAACAAAUUUGAUGAUGAAUUUGAAGUAAGUUUUAAAGAAACCAUUGAAGAAGAUCUCCAGGAGAAGAACACUUGUAUGGAAAAUGAAUCGCAUGAUAUUAUAAAAAAUAAAAUUGUAAAUGACCAGUUAGCUACAAUAGUUGAAGAAAGUUUUAAUGCAAAUGAGAAUGUAACUGAACUUGAUUCAGAGGUAUCAGAAACUGAAGAGGUAAAACCUGAACAAAGUAAAGAGAAUGUUCACAUUAAUAAUAAUGAUGGUUUGUGGGAAGAUAUUUAUGGAAGGAAAAGAGAUAGAGAUGGUAAUAUUAUACAGAAUGCUAACAGAUAUGUUCCACCAGCUGCAAAAAUUGUUUCUGAUAUAAAUUCAGAUAAUGACAAACUGCAGUCCUUAAAAAAACAGUUAAAAGGCUAUUUGAAUAGAAUAACGGAACAAAACAUUCAUUAUAUAAGUAAUCAGAUAGAAACAUUGUACAUGACAAAUAGCCGUAACAAUAUGAAUCUUGUAUUAUCAAAAUUAAUACUGGAAAGUUUAGUUACAAAUGUAAUGACUCCUAAUAGACUUAUUUGCGAACAUAUGAUGUUGAUUGCUAUUUUGCAUGCAAAUGUUGGUACUGAAGUUGGUGCCAGUUUUUUAGAAAAGCUUGUUAAAACAUUUGUUGAAGUAAUAGAAAAGCCGCAAGAUGUAGAAAAUAAAGAAUUGGACAAUAUAAUUCUUAUGCUUUCACAUCUGUAUAACUUUAAGGUGUAUGGACACAAACUCAUCUAUCAAAUACUUCAUAAACUUGCAACCAAAUUUACAGAAAAAGAGAUUGAAUUGAUAUUACUUAUUUUAAAAACAGUAGGAUUUUCACUAAGAAAGGAUGAUCCAAAUGCUCUAAAGGAGUUUAUAAAAGAUCUACAACAAAAAGCUAGCCAUGAGAAUGGAGAAAACUCAAGAGUCAAAUUUAUGUUAGAAAUUUUAUUAGCAGUAAAGAACAAUAACAUUAAUAAAAUACCCCAAUAUGAUCCUCUUGAAGUGGAACAUUUAAGGAAAGUUAUGAAAAGUGUAAUACGUAAAGGCAAUGCAAUAGUGCAGUUCAAUGUGACUCUAGAAGAUCUGUUGCAUGCCGAUGAAAAUGGAAAAUGGUGGAUUAUAGGAUCAGCUUGGUCUGGGACAAAUACUAUUGAUAUCUCAACAGAAACAAAGAAACAUAACAAGUUCAAUUUUGGUACAAAAAUAUUAGAAUUAGCAAAGAAACAAAGGAUGAAUACAGACACUAGAAGAAAUAUUUUCUGUAUUCUUAUAACAGCCGAAGAUUAUUUGGAUGCAUUUGAAAAACUUCAUCAUCUUGGCUUAAAAGACCAACAAGAAGGCGAAAUCAUACACGUUUUAAUGCAUUGUUGUUUACAGGAAAAUAAGUUCAAUCCUUAUUAUGCGAUACUGGCCCAAAAACUAUGCGAAUAUAACCGAAAAUAUCAGCUGACGAUACAAUACACAUUAUGGGACAAAUUGAAAACAUUGGAAACGUACGAAUCCAAACAAUUAAAUAAUUUAGCACAUUUUUUAACUUACUUAUUUAUUGAAAACUGCCUUGCUCUAUCAAUUUUGAAAGUUAUUCAAUUUACUGAAUUAGACAAACAUACCAUGAAGUUUCUUAAACAAAUUAUAUUGAAAAUUUUAUUACAUGAAAACGAAAAGGCUUGUCUACGUGUAUUUGAAAGAAUCUCUGUUUCCACUCAGCUGCAAACUUUCAUAGAAAGUCUUCGUUUAUUUAUAAACUGUUUUAUAAUAAAAAAUAUAGAUUCAAGUAGUAUAUUGGACGACCAAAAACUAUUGUUGAAAAGAAGAGCUGAAUUUGUGGAUAAAAUGUUAAUUUUCCAUGGGUCCAAAGUCAUGUUUUAAAUGUAUAACAUGUUUCUUAACACGUACAGCAAAAAUAUGUAUGUAUGGAUUACAAUAAUUUCUUAAUUAUUGCUGUGCAAAAGUCUGCAUGCACAGUUUGUAA